AUGGACGCCAUCGCCAGCCUACCCUACAGCCAUCUCCGCGCCAUCCUCGUCGCUCUCUGCCACGACCGCUACACGCGCGCCAAAGUCGUCGACAUGGCCAACAAGCUGGCCGCCGCGCCGCCCCGGUGCAACGGCCACGACCUGGCGCUCUGCGUCCAGUGCGCGCAGGCUUUUUCCGUCAUCUGGCGCUCGGACAACUCGUGUCGCUUCCAUCCCGGGAGCAGGUUCGCAGACAUGGACGACGACACAUGGGCAGACUACGGCGGUGAGCCCAAGGACCUGGAGACGGACGAGUACAUGGCCGAGUGGCCCGACGCGUUUAUUUGGGACUGCUGCGAGGAGCGCGGCAGCGCCGCGGGCUGCCAGACCGGGCCGCAUAAAUCUCAGUCGUAG